AGCCGAGCGGGCGCGAUGCCGGCGGCAGCGGGGGACGGGCUCCUGGGAGAGCCGGCGGCACCGGGGGGCGACGGAGGCGCGGAGGACGCGGCCAGGCCGGCGGCCUGCGAGGGAAGUUUCCUGCCGGCCUGGGUGAGCGGCGUGUCCCGCGAGCGGCUCCGCGACUUCCAGCACCACAAGCGCGUGGGCAACUACCUCAUCGGCAGCAGGAAGCUGGGCGAGGGCUCCUUCGCCAAGGUGCGCGAGGGGCUGCACGUGCUGACCGGAGAGAAGGUAGCCGUCAAGGUCAUCGAUAAGAAAAGGGCCAAAAAGGACACCUACGUCACCAAAAACCUGCGGCGAGAAGGGCAGAUCCAGCAGAUGAUCCGCCACCCCAACAUCACGCAGCUCCUGGACAUCCUAGAGACAGAGAACAGCUACUACCUGGUCAUGGAGCUGUGCCCCGGCGGCAACCUCAUGCACAAGAUCUAUGAGAAGAAACGUCUUGAUGAGGCGGAGGCCCGCAGAUACAUCCGGCAACUCAUCUCUGCGGUGGAACACCUGCACCGGGCUGGUGUGGUCCACAGAGACUUGAAGAUAGAGAAUCUGCUGCUAGAUGAAGACAAUAAUAUCAAGCUGAUUGACUUUGGUUUGAGCAACUGUGCAGGGAUCCUGGGUUACUCGGACCCAUUCAGCACACAGUGUGGCAGCCCUGCCUAUGCCGCUCCAGAACUGCUUGCUAGGAAGAAAUACGGCCCCAAAAUUGAUGUCUGGUCAAUAGGCGUGAACAUGUAUGCCAUGUUGACGGGGACCCUGCCUUUCACAGUGGAGCCUUUCAGCCUGAGGGCUCUGUACCAGAAGAUGGUGGACAAAGAGAUGAACCCCCUCCCGACCCAGCUCUCCACAGGAGCCAUCAACUUCCUGCGCUCUCUCCUGGAACCAGAUCCCGUGAAGAGGCCGAACAUUCAGCAAGCACUGGCGAAUCGCUGGCUAAAUGAGAAUUACACCGGGAAAGUUCCCUGCAAUGUCACCUACCCCAACAGGAUUUCCCUGGAAGAUCUGAGUCCCAGCGUGGUGCUGCACAUGACUGAAAAGCUGGGCUAUAAGAACAGCGAUGUCAUCAACACGGUGCUCUCCAACCGCGCCUGCCACAUUCUGGCCAUCUACUUCCUGUUAAACAAGAAACUGGAGCGCUAUUUGUCAGGGAAAUCUGACAUCCAAGAUAGCAUCUGCUACAAGACCCAGCUCUACCAGAUAGAGAAGUGCAGAGCCACCAAGGAGCCCUAUGAGGCUUCCCUGGACACCUGGACGAGAGACCUUGAAUUCCAUGCUGUGCAGGAUAAAAAGCCCAAAGAACAAGAAAAAAGAGGUGAUUUUCUUCAUCGUCCAUUUUCCAAGAAGUCAGACAAGAGCCUGCCUUCUCAUAAACAGCCUUCAGCCUCGCUCAUCACACAGAUUCAGAAUACGACAGCCAUGCUCAAAGACCGGAAGGCCUCCAAGUCUGGCUUCCCCGACAAAGAUUCCUUCGGCUGCCGCAAUCUUUUCCGGAAAACCUCCGAUUCCAAUUGUGUGGCCUCUUCUUCCAUGGAGUUCAUCCCUGUCCCGCCUCCCAGGACACCAAGGAUUGUAAAGAAACUUGAGUCACACCAGCCAGGGCCCGGAAGUGCCAGCAUCCUCCCGAAGGAAGAGCCCCUGCUGCUGGAUAUGGUGCGCUCCUUUGAGUCUGUGGAUCGGGAAGACCACGUAGAGCUGCUGUCCCCUUCCCACCACUAUAGGAUCCUGAACUCACCUGUCAGCUUGGCCCGUAGGAAUUCUAGCGAGAGGACUCUCUCCCCGGGGCUGCUGCCUGGAUGCACGUCACCUCUCCAAACUCCACUGCAUUCCACAUUGGUCUCCUUUGCCCAUGAGGAAAAGAACAGCCCCCCGAAAGAGGACGGUGUGUGCUCCCCGCCUCCGGUUCCCAGCAAUGGCCUCACGCAGCCUCUGGGGAGCCCCAACUGUGUGAAAAGCAGGGGAAGGUUCCCUAUGAUGGGCAUUGGACAGAUGCUGAGGAAGCGGCAUCAGAGCCUACAGCCUUCCUCAGAGAGGUCCCUGGAGGCCAGCAUGUCCCCACUGCAGCCCACAGCCCCCUCCAGCCUCUCCUUUGACAUGGCUGAUGGUGUCAAGGGCCAGUGCUAAUCUGGGAUUGGCAAGAUUCUGGGCCUCUGGGGACAGCAAUGGACCAGAGCUCUAAACACACACACACACACACACACACGCACACACAC